CACUUUCUCUAGACCCAUCCAGCUGAAUAAUACCAGGGUGUUGUCAUACCUGGGGGCAGUGAGGAGAGGCAUCAAGGCACCAGAGCAAGAGCCCUUUGGGGCCUCAGGCAGAGGAGUGAAACCAGAACCACCAGGGAACAUGGGUGAAUUUUGGCACAAACUGGGCUGCUGCGUGGUAGAGAAACCCCAGCCAAAGAAGAAGAGGAGACGGAUUGACCAGAUCAUGAUUGGGGAACCAAUGAACUUCGUCCACCUGACUCACACUGGCUCUGGGAAGAUGGGUGCUGGAGAUGGACUUGCCAUGACAGGUGCAGUUCAGGAGCAGACGAGAUCCAAGGGAAAUCGGGACAGGCCGUGGAGCAAUUCUAGGGGCUUAUUGCUCCAAUAGGAAUGGUUCUACUGUCUUGCAAUCCCUACUCUGUCCAGUCCAGAAGAGAUGCUAUCCCCACUAAA